AUGGAGGGGCGUAAUCUAACCCCCGACAGUAAUUUUGCCAUUGUUUACCCUUUCCUUUUCCUGCUUCUCCCACCUCUUGUGUUUUCCAUCCUCUUCCUGUUAUCCUUCGUCAAAAUUCACUUCGUCACCAUGGAUCCACCAAAGCUGCCGGUGCAUCCUUUCUCCGAGCGUGAGGAUAACACCGACAGCACCGACAGUAUUCACUCUACAGACAAGGCGACCACUUCCGUCAGAUCUGCGCCUCCUUCUCACUCCCCGACACCAUCUCAGCUCUCCAACAUCCUGGACAGCGCUCUGGAUGAUAUCCAGAUUCCAAUUCUGCAACCUGUCGUGGUGCACCACAGGCCCAGACCUGUAGUCAGUCUUCCAUCUGUACGUGCCCUUUCAACACUACCAACUCCACAGGAUCUGGUUAACGGGUUUUUUUUCUUACUCGGAAAGACUAUGGCCAGCCUUAAGGAUGGCGAAAGCGCCGAAGUCGUUCCGUGGGAUGGAAAGAUACAGUGGGCCAUCAAGGGCUGUAGUGUUUUUGACAAUUCAAACCAGGAGUUCGAGGCCAUGACUUACCGUCCGAACCUGCUAUCCCGGCAACGGAUCCACGACGUCUGGAUAUUUCAGUACGGCGUGCGCUACAUCCCAUCCAGCCAGGAAAAGAACAUCUAUCGGACCGUCCGCAUUCAAGGCCUCCCUGCAAACAUGAAGCUCAGUCAGGUCCUACCCAGCAUCCCGGGAGAGAUAUAUUGUGCUCGUCUGGUGAAUACCCGGCCGAUCAUCGGAUCCAAUACCGCCAUAGUCACAUUCGUUUCGCAAGUCGACGCGGUGCGCUUCAUCCAGGCCUCGAACAAUGGGUUGGAUUUGGGACUGGUGUUGGCCCAGGUGAUCCCGGUGAACACUCCCACUUACCCCAUGCCCGUGGAAAUGGAGAGGAUGAUUUUUGAUAAGAACAAUACGCGGUGCCUCUGUGUGUACGAUGCUCAUGGCAGUCCGAAGGAAAGCAUCUCGCGAGUUCUUAUGAAGCCCUGGAAUGCCGAACUCGAAAGCAUCGAAGAGGGCCAUCUGGCAGGCGAGGUUUACGUUCGUUUCCACUCGAUUAAGGCGGCGGCGGCGGCAUGUGAGUUUCUGAAGGGCCACACUGGUCUGUGUCAUUGUAAAUUCCGAUUCUUGAAGCAAUUCUGCGCUCUGCCUCCAUCGCCGGUCAGGGCACCAUCGCCACCAUCGCCACCUGAGUAG